GGGGAGGUUGUCCUUAGGACAGCAGUGGGGCCAGGACCAGUGCUUCUUCAAAGAGUAACAGUGCCUUCAUAAAACAGGUGACGAGCUCAUUUUCUUGGAUCCUCACACAACCCAGACCUUCGUUGACACUGAAGAGAGUGGACUAGUAGACGACCACACUUUCCAUUGCCUGCAGUCUCCACAGCGGAUGAGUAUCCUGAACUUGGAUCCUUCUGUGGCCUUGGGAUUUUUCUGCAAAGAAGAGAAAGACUUUGAUAAUUGGUGUAGUCUUGUUCAGAAGGAAAUUCUAAAGGAGAAUUUGAGGAUGUUUGAAUUAGUUCAGAAACAUCCAUCACACUGGCCUCCCUUUGUACCUCCAGCCAAGCCAGAAGUGACAACCACAGGGGCAGAAUUCAUAGACUCUACUGAACAACUGGAGGACUUUGACCUGGAGGAAGAUUUUGAGAUUCUGAGUGUGUAGGAUAGUGAGAACUCAAUGAGGUGCUCUUCUGCCCUCAAUCUGGCAUCACAAGAACAUGAACUUGUUACAUAAAACUUUUCUGGUCAGCAAGUGCCUGAUAUGCCAAUAGCAUAGGAACUAAACAGCAACUGUGACUGAGCCGAUUGCCCUUUUUCUCAGAACUAAAACAAAAAAGAGCAAACCAAUGACACCAAGUCAUCCCUGAAAGACAGAAAAAUCGUGGAGUCUAGGAGAAGAUUCAGAAUCCAUUGCUUCCCAGCUCGUCUUGGUGAUAGCAAUUCUUCAGCAACUGAAACGAGGGCAUUUGGAAGACAGACAGCAUCUCCCAUCUUGCUGCAACUCUGAGCAGAUGAGAGACAGUUAUACGAUCUUUCCUCACCCUUUCAGGUGUGACCUCUUUGGGGCUAAAUACGAAGAAGAAAUCUGUUUUCUUGCUCAAAUAAUAAAAUAAAUGAAUCAGGGAGAAAUACUCUUGUUAAAUAAUCUGAAUAUGCAGUUUACAUAACUAUAAUUUUUAUCAAAAUAUUUGUCAAAUGUACACUUCUUAAAUGUCUUCCUUUUUGGAGAAACCUAUUUGAUAGGUCACAAUCUCCAUCUUUACUUAUACUUUCACUAGAUGUCACCAUAUCCUUAAAUCAAACCACGAUCACUUGAAGCAGAGGUCAGCAAACUUUUUCUGUAAAGAUAUUAUUUUAGGCUUUGUAGACCUGGUGGCCUUUGUCAUAACUAUCUUACUCUGUAAAAACAGCCCCAGACAAUAUGCAUGUGACUGAGCAUGGCUGUAAUCUAAUAAAACUUGAUUUACAAAAGCAAGUGGAGGGCUGGACUGGCCUUGCCAAUCACUCACUUAAAGCAUUGAUUUUUGUUUGAAGGAUUAAAUAAAUUGUUUGAAUUAUA